UUGCGCUUGAAAAGCCGCGACCGUGAAAUGUGCCGAGUGAAAGAUUCGCCACGACGCCCGGUGUUUUCUAAAACAAUGGGCGGCGUUCCCUGAUUUAUUCAUGUUUUGCCGGUUGAUAGCCCCGACUUCGGUUUCACAUGACUUUGUUCGGCUGGCGUACAUGAAGAUAUGUAUGUCUAUAUGCAGCAAAUGUUCCAACAACAUUGGAGCGCAAGUAUGGCACUUGUGUCUCGUUCCUCGAAGAGCUGCAAGGACGAUGAUAUGCCGCCAAAUAACCGUCACGCUAUUUGUACAAAACUUUCUUCACCCCUUGGAAUCGAACGAGCAAUGACAUGCAGUCAUGUUCGUGGGAAAAAAGUUGUUCUGCAUGGAUGUGUUCUAAUGCAAUAAAAGUUCACAUGUGAACGCCCGCAAAGAUAUACCGGUUACUGCCCGCAGCUGAUGUACCGCAUUGGAAACACCUAUUCUAACCUAUCGCACAAGCUUCUAAUUGACCCCACGAUAGCUCACUCGGAAAACCUGAUUCUCUCGAAUCGAUCCAACGAUGAAUAUCAGGUAACACGCCCCACCAUGAAAGAAAUUGAUGCCACCGGAACCAUCGUGCCCCGGCCGGAAGGCGAGGACGCGCGAGAUACCAUCUACCAAAAGCCACUGAUGCCGGGUUACGAGGGAUUCAUACCCCGGGUGCAGGGUAAAUUCGGGCGCCGUUAUGCCGUGACCACCAGCGAGGGCUUGAGCGAAUUUGAACGGGAAUGUCAGCGUGCGAGGGCCCAAACCAAGAGGCUCCGGCAUCGGACGGCCCAGCCGGUGUCCACAAUUUCAGAGUACAGCUUGGGGGAACGGAUGAAGUUCAACAAAAACGACUACCGCUACCCGUUAGAGGCAACCCGUCCGGAUGCGUCCGGUGUGUGCAAAGAAAUACCGGUCGAAAACCUCCCACCACUUCCAAACCUCCCGUACUCCCCGCACGAUUCGCCCCUGUACAUGGACAACGGAAAUCCCGAAAAGUACACCAAAUUAGGCUACACCGGAAACAAACCAUUCCAGUGGCCAAGGUUCGGGGAGCCCAACAUGCAGCUGUCGAAGAAAUCUCUCUGUGACUUUACCAAUAAUUAUCAGCACCGUCGAGCGACCGAAUGGGUUCCGAUUGCUCCGGCCGGAGAAGGCCUUUGCCAGCCACCUUCCGCAGCAAACGAGAUCUACCUCAAGAACACCGGGCUGGUACCGACCUACGAGGGACACAUUCCGGGCGCGAUGUUCAGAUUCGGAAAGACGUUUGGAAAUGAUAGCCGCGAUGCAAAACGAUGCCUUAUGAAAUGCUACAAAGAUUGAGUUUGGUAAAUUUUUGUUUUAACAUUCAUAUUCAAUGUUUUCGAUAAGCAUUUGAAGUUUCGGAAAUAAUAAAAAUUAUUUUAAUAUCA